CCACCGCUCGCCGCUCGCCGGCGGCUACAACCUACCUACCACUCUUGACCUCGACCCGGGAACCCAAGGCUGCGUCACCACCAACACCCCAGGCAAAGCCCCCGCCCCCUCCUCCUCCUGAUCUAGCCCACCGCUCGCUCAAGGAGCUCCGGCAAAUGGCGGCCAUGGACGAAGACGUGCGGCUGGACCUCGACAAGCUCCCCAUCAAGCGCCUCGAAGCCAUUGACGAGGCCGGCAACGAGCAUUACCCGCCGGACACCAGCAGCGAGGAGCAGCGGCUCGCCGCGAUCCGGCGCAUCGACUUCUCCUGGGUCAUCGAGCGGGACGCCAAGAAGGCCAAGAAGGCCGCGGAGGAGACCGCCCAGCAGGCGUGGCCGUGGCAGGGCCUCAUGGAGAGCCUGCAGCAGGCGCAGCAGGAGCUCACCGUCGUCCUCGACCUCAUCAGCACGGUCGAAGCAAAUGACGCUGUGACCGUCGCUACGGCGAGUAAGCCCAAGUCGACGCCCAAUGAAGUCCUAGUCGACAUGGCGGUCUCCGCGGCCACCAAGCUCCAGCAACUUCGGCAUUUGGGGCGGUACUUCAAACAAUCGGCCAAAACGAUGGAGCAGCAGUUCCAGAAGGAGGCUAGGUUCUACGGCUCGUUAAUCAGAUUGCAGCAGAACUGGAAAGUUAAGAGGCAGCGUGGGACUGGUCCAGGAAGUGAAACCUUCAUGUUUGAUGUAAUUGACACUUCUCAGUUAGACACGGCAGCGAUGCCCCGGUUCUCAUCGAUGGCUUUAAUUCCAAUUGAUCAAGACUCAUUGGGUACUUUAUCUGUACAAGUUCCCCAAAAGUCAUGUCGUUUCUUGAGUCUUCAAUUUCGUGGGGACGGUGCCAACGGUGUUGAAAACUACGCUUGCAAACUGAAUGGUGUCUCAAGCACCAGUUCUGCUGAGGAAAUUGAUACUUUGGAGGAUGAUGAUGUCAAUAAGUCUGUCAAACACGCGCAUUCCAUCCUCCGCAAUAUCCACAAGUCAAUAUUUGAGGAGCAGGUAUUUGAUAUGGUGAUACGUGAGACGUUUGUCCAAUCUGAAGGCAUUAACGUAACCGGGAUGCGUGAUGAUUUUCUCCAAUUAGCAAUUGGCCAGGAGAGUUUGUUGUGCCUUUCGCUGACGGAUUCUGGGCAUGAUAGUGAGUCAGAAAUGGCAGGCCAUGAAGAGCACGCUAAUUCAGAGGAUGCAGCGAAUCUUGUAUUAGCUACCACCAAUGGAAAGCAGGAGCCUUUGAAAAGGGAUGCCUCAGGGUUUCUUAACCCCAAAAGUCUGGAAAUUUGCUUGCUACAUAUGUUUCAUGAGAAUAUUCUUAAGAAAGUCAGGGAGAAAUAUCGUAAUAUUGUCCGCUACCCGAGUCCCGCUCAGGCUGCAGCUGAUGAUUGUGGCUUGCUAAGUCAUUUCUGCAUGACAGUGGCUCAUAGGAUAUUUUCAAACAAAGUACACCUGGAGCUGGAGAGUGUGGUUAGCAGGGUUCCGUAUCUCCAUCUGCGGUCUCUUCCUACAUGGCAUUCUCGAACUUCUUCCUGGUCUCUCUGCUUAAGAGUUCCGCAGCCUAUUUUGGCAUCUGAUCGACCCACGAAUCCUUCAGAUAAAGACGAACCGAAGUACAAAUCCAGGUCACAGUUCAAUACAAAGAUUAUCUUGAAAGAUGGCCAAAUAAGUUUGUUGGGUGAAGGAUCUCCAAGCAUUGCUGGAUCAUUAACUAGGAAGCCCUCUGAUGGGUAUUUGAUAAACAGUUACAACUGUGACUUGGAAGACCUCCCAACGAUGCUUCUGCAGCAGGUUGCAAGCCAGGUAAUAAACUGGCUUCACGAAGAAGCAGUGGUUCUCGGGAUGAACGUGACAAGAGAUUUCCUGUGCCUUUACUUUGAUCUUGACCAAGGAGAGACACUUGGCCUGGUGGCACAUGUUGACCCAGACGAUGCCUACGGGUGCAUUUCUUGGUACCUAACUAUCGAUCACCCAGUGGAGGAUGGGAAGAUGUCAACGGACAAUCCCGAGUUUGAGAAGCGUAGGUUUCUCGGGUAUCUGUCACUGGAAGUGCUCUACUCUACCCUGAUGGACCUGAUAAACCUGUGUAGCACUGGUGUCCACCGCUGAAUUAAACUGUAUGAUGGUAGAAUUAUGUAGUAUUCAUUGAACAAAUCCUGUAAUCAUAUUAUUCUGUUUUCUUCCAUCAUAUAUCAAGGUUGUUGAUUCCUACAA